AAGAUGAUGCGCGGCGGGGCGCCCCUGGUGACCUUUAUGACCCCAUGAUGAUGUAGCCCAGCUCCCGCACGCUAUGCUUUACGCGCUGAUAAUGCCUUUAUCAUUCGACCUGUGCAGGUUGUAGUCUAGAGAUUUGUUGGUUUUCGGCUCGGCUCGGCUGGCGAAUCCGAGAGAUGGUGCUGUUAAAAAAGCAAAAGCAAGAAAUAGUGACGCUUGUUCUCUAACCUCUCACCCUGUAUGUGUGCGCAGGUGCGGGGCGCGAGACGAGCUGGUCCUGCUAGCGCGCCGAGCCGAGCCGAGACCGAAGUCUGAAGACACAAACCGCCCCACCCCGCGCACCGCCGCGCCUCGGGGGCUGCGACUGACUGACUGAGGGAGGGAGGGAGGGUGGGUGCGGCGCCAUGAAGAAGCAGAACGUUCGGACGCUCUCCCUCAUCGUCUGCACCUUCACGUACCUCCUGAUCGGCGCGGCCGUGUUCGACGCGCUCGAGUCCGAGACGGAGAAGCGGCGCCGCGACGUGCUCGACUAUGUGGAGCGCAAGCUCAUCCAGAAGUACUCCGUGUCGACCGACGACUUCAAGCUGUUCGAGACCAUCAUCCUCAAGUCGGAGCCGCACAAGGCGGGCCAGCAGUGGAAGUUUGCGGGCGCCUUCUACUACGCCACCACCGUGCUCACGACCAUCGGCUACGGCCACUCGACGCCGUCGACGGUGGCGGGCAAGCUGUUCACCAUGUUCUACGCCAUCAUGGGCAUCCCACUCGGCCUCGUCAUGUUCCAGAGCAUCGGUGAGCGCCUCAACAAGUUCUCAUCGCACGUCAUCCAGAAGGUGAAGCGCGUCAUGAACUGCAAGGACACGGACGCCUCCGAGAUCAACCUGAUCUGCGUGGUGACGACGUUGUCCGGGCUGACGGUGGCGGGUGGUGCGGCGGCCUUCAGCCGCUACGAGGGCUGGACCUACUUCGACUCGGUUUACUACUGCUUCAUCACGCUCACCACCAUCGGCUUCGGCGACAUGGUGGCCCUGCAGAAGGACAACGCCCUCGCCACCAAGCCCGAGUACGUGGCCUUCGCGCUCAUCUUCAUCCUGUUCGGGCUGGCCAUCGUGGCCGCGUCGCUCAACCUGCUGGUGCUGCGCUUCGUGACGAUGAACACCGAGGACGAGCGUCGCGACGAGGCGGAGGCGCUGCAGGCCAUGCAGGGCGCCGUGCGCCUCGAGGGCGACGUCAUCACGGCCAACGGCUCCAUCAUGAGCGGCCAGGGCGGCCACGGCGAGCACAUCGAGCACACGGAGCUGGUGGAGUGCGAGGACGACAACGCGUCCGUGUGCUCGCUGCCGUGCGGCUGCCUGGGCCGCAGGGACCCCGGGCCGCGCGCGCCGCCCAGCCCGCCGCCCUACCCGGGCCACGGCCGCCACCACCGGCCCUCCUACAUGCUGCACAACGCGACGCAGUUCAUGCCGCCGCUGCGAGGGCUGAUGCCGCUGCUGCUGGAGCGGGACAGGCCCAUGCGCGCGCGCCGGCUCGCCAACGAGGUGGACUGGCCCGCCGUUCCCACGUACCGCAACUCCAUCUAGUGCUCCUCCCCCCCGGGCCCUCCGCCCCGUACCCCGUAGCUGUGCUGGACCAGGGCGGCCGCCGCGAGUGUAGGCAACCCGCCCGCGCGGCUGUCUUCGGUACAGCAUAGCUACGGGGGUUCUAUCCCCCUCCCCCAGUAGCAGGACUGCUGUUUAGAGCUGCUUUUCUUCCGUAGGCUGUUGUUGUUAUUGUUGUUAUUGUUAUGUGUAUGAAAAAAACACUCACUCUGCGGAUGUGCUGACACACAGCCGAAAGAGACUGAAGUGAAAAUCAAUCUAGUCAUCCUGCCUGUCGUACAAUAAACAUAAUGUUAAGCAGGAAAUUCCAUCCGGUAAUCAAAAAAAAUGAUGAAAAUCUUCGGCCAGUUGUUGGCAUUCAGCGCUCUGGCAUUUUUUUCAACUAAAUUAGGACUUUGUAUCUCUCCAGUAUGCUACUAUAUAUAAGAUUAGACGACACUUUCCCUAUUUAUAAGCCAAAGAACAUGUGAUAAACUUUCGGUAUACCUUCAUCUUGCCAAAGUUUUAAGUAAGCAGUCCUAAUAAGCUAAGUGACCUUGUAACUUGCGUGCUAAAAUGCUCAAUCUACUCUGUCAAAUGAUUCCAUAUUAAGAUAAGUGUACAAAAACUUGUGAUGAACAUGAUCUGCUUAAAAAUGCGCUACGUCAAGAAACUAUUUUCUUUGCGGGGUCUUGCCAAUAUAACUAACGUGCCAGCGCGCGACUGUGAUCAUAAUCGUCUAACCGGCAGAUUGUGAAGCUCGCCCUUGAGAACGAAGCCAAAGACGUACCGUGAUGUUGACGCUCUCUGGAAAGCUUUACAGGGCCUUGAGGCGCCUUGCUUACUUACACCCCACCCCGUUCUUCGCCGCUGAUGCACUCGACAGAGCCGUGUGCCCCCGCCGGCCCCCGCCCCCUGGCGGCCAUGGCCGAGCCAAAGAGGAAGUGGGGAAGGAAGACGGAGCGGAGGGUUGCAUAACGAACCCCCGCGAAGGGCGCCUGCGGGUCACGAGACUUGAUCGAGUUAGCAGCGGUGCAUGCGCGGAGGCGGAGGGGUAGGAAAUGCCGAAGGCCCGCGAAGGCCCAGGCUACUUUGCUGCAUUUGCAUUUUUUUUAGCGAGAUUCGUCUCAAAACAAAGUGAUAUCGUGGACACCAAAGCUUUAUAAAACAAUGACUUUUUUUUUUUUUCUUGUGCGGUGAUGAUUAGGUGGUGCUAUUUAAAUUUGACCAAAUUUAUCUUGCCUUAAAACAUAGAAAUAUUGGUUCUAAGAGUGAAAUUCGACUCGACCAAGCUAAUGUGUAACUGCCGUCAGCUUUAAAAAAAUUAAGUAAGUUCAAAAUUCAGUUGAGAUUUUAUAGGCAUUUUUUGUUAAGAAAGGGAAAAAAGAAAAACAUGUUCUACGGCGGCGGUGAUAAGAUUCUGUGAUCCUGACUCUAACCAAAAUAAAAACUUGUAAAAUCCUUUCGCGCAAAAGAGGCUUUAUUAUGCGGGUAAAUAAAUGCAAGGGAAUCAAUUGUAUAAAUAAAAUUGUAUAUCAAAAGGACGCCAGAGCUAAUCCGUUUUCAUAUGUACAAAUCCAAACUUUACAAUUUUCUGAACUUCAUUUUUAACUUUGUUAUUUGUUAUCUUUGACCAGAUAUGCUACGUGACUUUCGUCGUUAAUUCAGUAUAUCUUAAAGCUGCUAACAUAUAGAAAUUAUUUUUUUUAGUAAAACUAAACAACUAUUUUCUUCCUGUGCCUCGAACCGAUGACAAUUGAUGACAAAAACAUAUCGACUUUUAUCUAAAUAGCUGACCACCAUCAUUGCAGUUGGGAUAAGUAAAUGCGAAAGCGAGACGUGUAGAUGCCGGCGAGGAAAGUAGACUCAGCGACAUAUAGAAAUUGUGAAGCUGAAUGUGAAUGCGGCCAUGUACGAUGGUUUGCCUCUUGCCAGGCGCCAUAGCGACUGUCUGUUUUGUCUGUGUUUUUGCCACUCUGGACAGCCUAUCAACGUUCCUCAAUGAAAUACUUCCGAAAUAUGAUUGUCAUUCGAGAAACUUAAGAAGAUUUUUUCCAAUUUCGACAUUUAGUAGCGCAUAUAACCGUUUCUUCCCGUACCUUUAGAGGUAAAUAAUUAUUAUGCCAAUGAAUUAUUUGUAAUCCUUCCAUAUCUACAUGCAUAACUCACAGUUAGAUAGGUAUAUGACAUGCAUUUAUAUAAUAAUUGUAGAGAGCUGGGUUAGUACUUCAGAUCAUUCACAAUACAUGGUAUUUUCAACAUUUGAAAGUAGCAUUUUGUUAGCCUAUUCAUUAUCAGUGUCAUUCACUUUUUAUCCAUGGACGGACCUCUAGCCAAGAUUCUCGCAUUGCCAACUUUUAACUUUUGAUAUUAUAAGUCUGUUUUUAGAUUAAGUAAGUCUUUGUAAAACGUUAGACGUUAGUCUUUUAACAAACUAUUUUUUUGAUCUCAUUUUGUAAUCACUUUUGUAGUGUUCCUCUUCUUGACCAAUAGUUAUAUGAUUAUCCUCUUCCCUUAUCCUAAAUAAAGCAAACCUCUAUUUCUAAAAAAAUACCCUACAUAAAAAAUGCUUUUGUUAAAGUUGUUCAUUUUAUUCUGUGCCAAAAUUAUUGAAGGCAUACACAAAUAAACGAAAUCCUUACUUCCUAUGUAAAAAAA